GUUUUUUUUUUUUUUUUUUUUUGGUGGUGAAAUACUAGUUAGAUAAGUUAUUGGAGAAUCCAUUUAUGGAGACCCUUUUGUUUUCUUUGGUGGGUUUUGGGUAGAGAAUCGAAUCGAAUCAUGGGAUGGGUUUGAACUCUAUCACCUUCUUUUUCGUGGGUUGUGGAGAGAGAAAAAGUUGGUCUCUUUUCUUCUUUUUCAUGAUGCCCUCUUAAAUUUGGUAGAUACUGUUUGUUAAUUUGAUUUGGGUUGGUUUGAUCUGAGUUUAUUCUGUGAAUUAUUUGGUAUUGAGCACAUCUUUGGAGAUUCCAUGUCGGAAGGACUUGAAUUCCUUUUGGUUUUUUGUCUUGUUUUGGAAGAUUCCAUCAGUCUAUUGUAGAGAGGUCAUAAGAAGUAGAAGUGGAAUUGAAGUGGAAUUUGAGUUAAGAAAUGUCAUCUAAAUCCACAAACAAGACGAAUUGUUCCAGGAGCAGCUCUGCUCGAACAAAGCACGAUGCGCGUGUGGUUGCACAGACGCCCAUCGAUGCUAAGCUUCAUGUGGACUUUGAAGAGUCGGAACGAGGGUUAUUUGAUAAAUCCACAUCGGUUGAUGUUAAUGUAUCGAGUUCUACAGGUAAUGUCCCCUCUUCUACUGUAUCUGCUUAUUUGCAGAAAAUGCAAAGAGGUAGUCUAAUCCAGCCAUUUGGUUGUAUGAUUGCUGUUGAUGAGCGGAAUUUCGCUGUCCUUGGAUACAGUGAAAACGCCAUAGAAAUGUUGGAAUUGUCCCCCCACGCAGUUCCAAGCAUUGAGCAAAAAGAAGCUCUGACAUUUGGAACUGAUGUUCGGACUCUAUUUCGAUCCUCAAGCGCUGCUGCACUGCAAAAAGCAGCGAGUUUCGGGGAAAUUAAUCUCAUUAACCCGGUAUUGGUUCAUUGUAGAAAUUCAGGAAAGCCCUUUUAUGCAAUUCUUCAUCGCAUUGAUGUGGGAUUAGUUAUAGAUUUGGAGCCUGUCAAUCCAGCUGAUGUGCCAGUGACAGCAGCUGGGGCUUUAAAACCAUAUAAGCUUGCAGCCAAAUCCAUAUCAAGAUUGCAGUCUUUGCCAAGUGGGAAUAUAUCACUGUUAUGUGAUGUGUUAGUGGGGGAAUUAAGUGAUUUGACGGGUUAUGAUCGAGUAAUGGUGUAUAAAUUUCAUGAAGAUGAGCACGGGGAAGUUGUUUCUGAGUGCCGCAGACCUGAAUUGGAACCUUAUCUUGGAUUGCAUUAUCCUUCUACUGAUAUACCACAAGCUUCAAGAUUUCUUUUCAUGAAAAAUAAGGUCAGAAUGAUAUGUGAUUGCCUGGCCCCUCCGGUUAAAGUUAUUCAAGACAAGAGAUUGGAUCAGCCGUUGAGUCUUUGUGGAUCCACAUUAAGAUCUCCACACGGGUGUCAUACUCAAUAUAUGACAAAUAUGGGUUCUCUCGCAUCUCUUGUGAUGUCGGUCACAAUCAACGAGGAAGGUGAUGAGACUGAGAGUGAUCAGCAAAGGGGAAGAAAGUUGUGGGGUUUGGUGGUCUGUCAUCACACAAGCCCUCGGUUUGUUUCGUUUCCUUUGAGAUGCGCGUGCGAGUUCUUGGUUCAAGUUUUUGGCGUUCAGAUUAACAAGGAAGUGGAGUUGGCUGCUCAACUAAGGGAAAAACAUAUUUUGCGGACACAAACAGUGCUUUGUGAUAUGCUCCUAAGAGAUGCUCCUAUGGGAAUCGUCACUCAAUCGCCCAAUGUUAUGGAUCUUGUUAAGUGUGAUGGAGCAGCAUUGUACUACGGGAACAAAUUUUGGUUACUUGGGGUCACCCCUUCAGAGCCACAAAUCAGAGAUGUAGCCGAUUGGCUUCUUGAGUACCACGGUGAGAGUACAGGGUUAAGUACUGAUAGCCUCAUGGAAGCAGGUUAUCUGGGCGCUUCCAUCCUUGGUGAUGCUGUUUGUGGAAUGGCUGCUGUGAAAAUUACAAGAAAGGACUUCCUUUUUUGGUUCCGGUCCCACGCGGCAAAGGAGAUCAAGUGGGGUGGUGCAAAACAUGAUCCUAGUGACAAAGAUGAUGGAAGAAAAAUGCACCCCAGAUCAUCAUUUAAGGCUUUUCUCGAGGUGGUUAAAAGGCGGAGUUUACCGUGGGAAGAUGUGGAAAUGGAUGCGAUCCAUUCCUUGCAACUGAUAUUGAGAGGGUCGUUGCAAGAUGCGGUCAUGGAUGAUUCCAAAUUGAUAGUGAAUGUUCCAUCGGUUGACACCAGUAUACAAAGGGUGGACGAGCUUCGUGUUGUUACCAACGAAAUGGUUCGUCUUAUUGAGACAGCUUCGGUUCCCAUCUUGGCUGUUGAUGCCUCUGGUAAUGUUAAUGGGUGGAAUACUAAAAUAGCCGAGCUAACUGGGUUAAGUAUGCAGGAAGCCAUUGGCGCGCCUUUUGUGAAUCUUGUGGUGAAUGAUUCAAUUGAUGUAGUGAAAAACAUGCUCUUCCUGGCUUCACAAGGUACAGAAGAGCAAAAUAUUGAAAUUAAGCUUAAAACUUUUGGUCAUCAGGAAAACAAUGGUCCUGUUAUUUUGGUUGCUAAUGCAUGUUGUAGUCGAGACUUGAAUAAAAAUAUUGUUGGGGUUUGCUUUGUUGGGCAAGAUAUUACUGGGCAAAAGAUGAUCAUGGACAAAUAUACUCGAAUUCAAGGUGAUUAUGCUGGAAUUGUACGGAACCCUUGUGCACUUAUUCCUCCAAUAUUUAUGAUGGACGAGCAUGGUCGAUGCUUGGAGUGGAACGAUGUAAUGCAAAAAUUGUCUGGUGUAAAGAGAGAAGAAGCCACUGAUCGGAUGCUUCUAGGAGAGGUCUUUACAGUCAACAAUUUCGGUUGUCGGCUCAAAGAUCAGGACACGUUAACGAAGCUGCGGAUAUUACUGAAUGGGGUAAUUGCUGGCCAAGAUGCAGAUAAAUUGUUAUUUGGGUUUUUUGAUCCGCGGGGUAACUGUGUUGAGGCUUUACUUUCUGCUAACAGAAGGAUUGAUUCAGAGGGAAGGAUUACUGGGGUUUUAUGCUUUUUGCACGUGGCUAGUCCUGAACUUCAAUAUGCAUUGCAAGUGCAAAGGAUAUCAGAACAGGCUGCAACCAAUAGCCUCACGAAAUUGGCUUAUAUUCGUCGUGAAAUCAAAAACCCUUUAAAUGGGAUAGAGGUUAUGCAGAAUCUAAUGGCAUCUUCUAUUUUAAGCAAAGAGCAGAAGCAACUACUGAGGACGAGCACGUUGUGUCGGGAACAAUUAGCCAAGAUUGUUGAUGACACUGACAUUGAGAGUAUUGAGGAAAGCUAUAUGGAAAUGAACUCAAGUGAAUUUAAUCUCGGGGAUGUUCUGGAAGUGGUCAUAAAUCAAGCCAUGACUCUGAGUCGGGAGCGGCAAGUGCAGAUCAUAUAUGACUCACCAGCCGAAGUGUCAUCCAUGUUCUUGUAUGGCGACAACUUGAGGCUUCAGCAAGUCCUUUCAGAUUUUCUAACAACCGCUGUCAUUUUCACUCCUGCAUUUGAAGAGUCCUCAGUUCUGCUCAAGCUGAUUCCAAGGAAGGAACGGAUAGGAACAAAAAUUCAUGUCGUUCAUCUUGAGUUUCGGAUCACCCAUCCAGCCCCGGGGAUCCCACCAGACUUGAUUCAAGAGAUGUUUCAACACAACCAGUGUGUGUCAAGAGAGGGUCUUGCCUUGUAUAUCAGCCAAAAGCUCGUAAAGAUCAUGAACGGCACUGUCCAAUAUCUUAGAGAGGCAGAGAGAUCAUCCUUCAUAAUUCUCGUAGAAUUCCCAUUGGUUGAGCAGACAAAUCGCCAACGAAGCCAACAGCUCGAAGCAUCCUGAGGAAAAGGCAAACGAUCUUCACAGCCAUCUUCACACAUGACCUAGUCAGUGCCACAUCAUCUGGGUGAAAAGGGUGCCUAAAUAGCUCAGAGUGGAUGAACAAUUACUUGGGAUGGUGGAUGAUUCUGUAAAUGAUGCUGCUUACUUGGCGAACUGGGUUUAUCUCAUUAAAUUUUUCCAAGCGGGUAUUACCAGAAGAAUGCAGUGCUUCAUUCUCGGUCUUUUUUCCCAGGAAAAUUUUGGUACAUGUACUCUUUUGGUUGAAAUUCUUGUAUCUGUGGGUUCACAAGGAGGUGUUUCAGGCACAAUGUACAGAGGCCUCUCUUGGUGUUGAUUAACACAAGACUCCGAUGAAUCGGAUCCAAUUAUAGAUGUGGACUAAGAUUGUAUCUUGUUUAGAGUAGAAUCAGUGUGUAACUGUAUUAUGUUCCAUUGCGCUCAGAUUGAUUCGCCCAAAUUGUACUUUUAAGUUUGUAGAAGGUGCUGAAACACAUGAUCUUAACCCCUUUUUCUCUCCCCAGCAGAAAAUUUGUUCUUUGUACAUCAGAUUAGCAGGCAUUUGUGGCCUUAAAAAGGAAAUAUUCAUGUUUGCGCGAAAAAAAAA